GGGAGAGCAGAUAUAGUGAAUGCAGGGUCCGGGGAGAGCGGAUAUAGUGAAUGCAGGGUCCGGGGAGAGCGGAUAUAGUGAAUGCAGGGUCCGGGGAGAGCGGAUAUAGUGAAUGCAGGGUCCGGGGAGAGCGGAUAUAGUGAAUGCAGGGUCCGGGGAGAGCGGAUAUAGUGAAUGCAGGGUCCGGAGGAGAGCGGAUAUAGUGAAUGCGGGGUCCGGGGAGAGCAGAUAUAGUGAAUGCAGGGUCCGGGGAGAGCGGAUAUAUUGAAUGCAGGGGUCUGAGGAGAGCGGAUAUAGUGAAUGCAGGGUCCGGGGAGAGCGGAUAUAGUGAAUGCGGGGUCCGGGGAG